GGGUGGGGAGCGGCGCGCGGAUCAUGGCAUUGGAGUUCCCGGGCUUGCAGCCGCCGCCGCCGCCUCAUCCACGCACCCCGAGCGCCCCUUCUUCCCGGAGCAGCAGCGGAGAAGGCGAAGCGGCCGGCGGGGGCGAGGCAGAUGGGGCUCAAGGCGCGCAGGGCGGCGGGGGCGGCUGGCGGCGGCGGCGACGGGGGCGGCGGCGGCGGGGCCGCUAACCCGGCCGGAGGGGACGCGGCGGCGGCCGGCGACGAGGAGCGGAAAGUGGGGCUGGCGCCCGGCGACGUGGAGCAAGUCACCUUGGCGCUCGGGGCCGGAGCCGACAAAGACGGGACCCUGCUGCUGGAGGGCGGCGGCCGCGACGAGGGGCUGCGGAGGACCCCGCAGGGCAUCGGGCUCCUGGCCAAGACCCCCCUGAGCCACCCGGUCAAGAGGAACAACGCCAAGUACCGACGCAUCCAAACUUUGAUCUACGACGCCCUCGAGAGACCGCGGGGCUGGGCGCUGCUCUACCACGCGCUCGUGUUCCUGAUUGUCCUGGGAUGCUUGAUUCUGGCCGUGCUGACCACGUUCAGGGAGUACGAGACUGUUUCGGGAGACUGGCUGCUAUUACUGGAAACAUUUGCUAUUUUCAUCUUUGGAGCCGAGUUUGCUUUGAGGAUCUGGGCUGCCGGAUGUUGCUGCCGAUACAAAGGCUGGCGAGGAAGACUGAAGUUUGCCAGGAAGCCCCUGUGCAUGCUGGACAUCUUCGUGCUGAUCGCCUCCGUGCCGGUGGUUGCCGUGGGAAACCAGGGCAAUGUGCUGGCCACCUCGCUGCGCAGCCUGCGCUUCCUGCAGAUCCUGCGCAUGCUCCGCAUGGACCGCAGGGGCGGCACGUGGAAGCUCCUGGGCUCCGCCAUCUGCGCCCACAGCAAAGAGCUCAUCACCGCCUGGUACAUUGGGUUCCUGACGCUCAUCCUUUCUUCAUUUCUUGUCUACCUGGUUGAGAAAGACGUGCCCGAGGUGGAUGCACAGGGAGAAGAGAUGAAGGAGGAAUUCGAGACCUAUGCAGAUGCCCUCUGGUGGGGCCUGAUCACACUGGCCACCAUUGGCUACGGAGACAAGACGCCCAAAACGUGGGAGGGCCGCCUGAUUGCAGCCACCUUUUCCUUAAUCGGCGUCUCCUUUUUUGCCCUUCCAGCGGGCAUCCUGGGGUCGGGGCUGGCACUCAAGGUACAGGAGCAGCACCGGCAGAAGCACUUUGAGAAAAGAAGGAAGCCGGCCGCUGAACUCAUUCAGGCUGCCUGGAGGUAUUACGCUACCAACCCAAACAGGAUUGAUCUCGUGGCAACGUGGAGGUUCUAUGAAUCAGUCGUCUCUUUUCCGUUCUUCAGGAAAGAACAGCUGGAAGCUGCAGCCAGCCAAAAGCUGGGUCUCUUGGAUCGGGUUCGCCUUUCUAAUCCUCGUGGUAGCAAUACUAAAGGAAAGCUAUUUACCCCUCUGAAUGUAGAUGCCAUAGAAGAAAGUCCUCCUAAAGAACCAAAGCCUGUUGGCUUAAACAAUAAAGAACGCUUCCGCACCGCCUUCCGCAUGAAAGCCUACGCUUUCUGGCAGAGCUCUGAAGAUGCUGGGACAGGUGAUCCCAUGGCAGAAGACAGGGCCUACGGGAAUGACUUCCUCAUCGAAGAGAUGAUCCCCACCCUGAAGGCCGCCAUCCGAGCCGUCAGAAUUCUACAAUUCCGUCUCUAUAAAAAAAAAUUCAAGGAGACUUUGAGGCCUUACGACGUGAAGGAUGUGAUUGAGCAGUAUUCUGCAGGACAUCUCGACAUGCUUUCCAGGAUCAAGUACCUUCAGACAAGAAUAGACAUGAUUUUCACCCCUGGACCUCCGUCUACCCCAAAACACAAGAAGUCUCAGAGAGGGGCAGCAUUCACCUACCCAUCCCAGCAAUCUCCCAGGAACGAACCGUACGUAGCCAGAACAUCCACAUCAGAAAUCGAAGACCAAAGCAUGAUGGGGAAGUUUGUGAAAGUUGAAAGACAGGUUCAUGACAUGGGAAAGAAACUGGACUUCCUCGUGGAUAUGCACAUGCAGCACAUGGAAAGGCUGCAGGUGCACGUCACGGAGUACUACCCGACCAAGGGCACCUCCUCGCCGGCCGACGUGGAGAAGAUGGAGAACAACCGAGAUCCUGAUUUGAAAACCAUCAUCUGCAACUAUUCGGAGACGGGCCCCCCCGAGGCCCCCUACAGCUUCCACCAGGUGCCCAUUGACAAAGUCGGCCCCUACGGGUUUUUUGCCCAUGACCCAGUGACCCUUCCCCGAGGAGGACCCAGUUCGGGAAAGGUCCAGGCGACGCUUUCCUCCUCAGCAACGACGUAUGCAAAAAGGCCCACCGUCCUGCCUGUCUUGACUCUUCUCGACUCCCGAGUGAGCUAUCACUCCCAGGCUGAACUGCAUGGCCCCUGCUCGGACCGGGUCUCCCCUCGGCAGAGACGGAGCAUCACGCGGGACAGUGACACGCCCCUGUCCCUGAUGUCGGUCAACCACGAGGAGCUGGAGAGGUCUCCGAGUGGCUUCAGCAUCUCCCAAGACAGAGACGAUUACGUGUUUGGCCCCAACGGGGGGUCGAGCUGGAUGAGGGAGAAACGUUACCUCGCCGAGGGUGAGACAGACACGGACACGGACCCCUUCACACCCAGUGGCUCCCUGCCUCUGUCAUCCACAGGGGACGGGAUUUCUGAUUCCGUAUGGACCCCUCCCAACAAGCCCAUUUAAAAGGGGUCAGGGGCUGCGUCCUCCUUGUAAUGUAGACACACGUUGUAUGGCUCACUUGCUCUCACAGCCAACACUUAGCAGUGAGACCACCAGUGGCUGCGUAAAAACACAUGCAUGUGUGCGGCGGCCUCCCACCGGGCAGGGCCUUCUUCCUCCCCAGGUCACCACAGUGAAGCCGCUUCCUUUUCAGCAUGGUUUGCAUGACUUUACAAUAUAUAAAUGGUACCGCUAAUCUCUUCUAGGAUACACAUUUAUCUGCUGUUCUUACUUUAAAUCAUGAUUGGACCAGUACGGGGAGAAAUUAUCGACGAGCCGUGCUACUUGUCCGUUUGGGUUUUGGUUUGGUAAGCGGGGAAUGUAGUUUAAGUUAUUUCUCGAACCACUGCCCCUUUGUGUAAAACAGUUCGGUGAUUAACUGUUUUCUACGGCAAGCAACUAGUUUGCUCAGCAAAAAUGCAUUGCGUGUCAAUGAGGUGGCCAACCGAGCUAAAACGCUAGGAAAGGAACAAGGCAGUCAUCGCCUAUCCAAAAGCAAGAAUUUUAAAACUUACCUGAUUAAGGAAAAACUAGCAAAACCAUCUCAAAGCUCUCAAAGGGACCUCACCUGGUCUGCCAUUGUCUGGUAUCAUGCCUCGGUUUCCUCAUCUGUGGUAAUCCCAAGUGUAGCAUUUCAAGUGAGUUAUGAAUUGACGGGGAGAAAAUACACACACACAUACACACUCACACGCAAGUUCAAAUCGUGUCCAAUUUAUGUAGCCAAAGAUAAUGAAAUGUAUCAGAAGUAGGGUGCCCCUCUGGGCAGGAGCUAAGUUCAGUGCCUUCAAAAUGAGGUUUCAACUCCCAUGCCUCCCCCUGAUACUUGUACAAAAUAUCCAUCUCAGAUGAAAAUUGGAAACCAGAAAUUAUCUGGUCCAAGUUCUCCUUUGUAAAAAUGAGAAGCCUUUGACUCCUGUAGAGACGAGCCGGGGUCGGUCCAUCGUCCCCUGGAGACCCGGGACUCCAAGCCCAGUCAGCUGACUCGUUCCAUGCCCUGGUCUCCUCCUUUCACACCACUCUGCCCUUUAUACGAUGGGAUCCAGAAAUUGUGCCGAGAUACCUGUCCUUGUCGUGUGGCAGGCGCCUACAACACAAUUUUCCCGGCAAGAGGGGGCUGUUUGCUUUUAUUGCAAAAUGUGCUUGCCUGACGCAUUGCAUUUCGGAUCCAGAAACACACACACACACACACACACACACACACACACACACACACACACUACAAGCAAGCUUCAACAUUUACUAAUAUGCAAAAGGGCAAAAUUUUCAGAAUCAUCCAACUCUACCCCUCCAGAUUUUUUAAACCACACGUAGCCGUAAGAUUAGCCAAAGUGCGAACAGAGCCUCUGAGAGCACUGCCCUCGUGGAUGAGUAUUCCAUAUUAAGCACAAGCCCUCCUGUGACCUCUUACGAGAUGUCACUACUCUCUGAAACACUUUGAUGGAGAAAGGUUUCUGUUAGGCUUGGGCGGGGUUAGCUAAAUGACUAGGCCACAGUAUCACUGUCUCGCUGUUAUCCCACAUCUAAGCGCUGGUUGUGGGUGGUUACCAUGGUGACCAUCAAGCGGAUCAAAAGGGCCUAACCAUCUACAUGCAUAUUCCACUGUGGCAGAUACCUGGUUGAUGGUUUCAUCGUGACCUGAUGCAGGACUCUUGUACUGUGUUAGAAGGCAGAACUAGUUUCUCAGAGAUGGGCUCCUUUCGACCCCCAUGUCAACAGCUACUGUGCAAAAGGCUCAGAGUACAAUAAUAAUGAAGGUUUGGUCCCUGACGUUAGCAGGGCACAACCAAAGCCUGCAGUCUUUGGCCCAGGGCAGGCAUUGUCAGGGGUAGGUGACAUUUACAUGGAGUAUCUCACAGAGAGGUAUUGACGUUGAGGUCUGAGUGGGAAAGACACAGGAACGAACACACACUUCGGAUAUGAACCUCCUCCCCUAUGGUGUGCCAUUUGACCUUCUAACAAUCUGAAGGGCAAAGGGAAUGGGACACAUGCAUGAAAGUGCCACUGGAGUUAAUGACCUAAGAAACCCAAUGCCCCUUCCUUAGGGUUUGGUUCUUGCUUCUGACCUUCCUGGAAUCUUUUACUACAAAUGAUUGAGCUUCUAUCAUCCAACACAUUACUAUGGUUUUCUUUAUGUACAUGAGUUAUUUGAAACAAACAAAAAAACUGAAGAAUGAAUCAAAGCCUCCACAUAGGCACCAAUUAUUUUUACCUACCUUAUGAAUAUUCUUGCAGAACCGACUGGCCUCAGUACCUUACAAAUACAUGCAUUCGCCAGGAACUCAAUGGAGUCCUCAGCAGGAUAAGUGAAACUUUCUCAUCCUCAAGCUAAAAAUAGUUACCAUGGAUCCAAAGUCAGAGGACCGCCUUGGGUUCUUUUAAAAACCUACAAAGGAUAAGAGCUUGUAUUAUCUCUUAAACCACAGGAGGACAGCCUAGCUUCCCCUGCUGGAUCAUAAGGCCAGGAUGACAGAGAUUGGGUUUGUGUCAAUUAUCAUCAUGUCUCCAACAUGUAGUAAGCUGUCAUUAUCAGUGUAGACGAAGACAAAACACAUUUUUCAUGAAUGACUAAAUGGUAAGACUUUUUAAAAGCUAUUCUUUCCCAUCUAAAAAAAAAAAAAAAAAAAAGUGAUCUUCUGGAAUUUGCUGCUUGGAUAUCCCUUAAAAAAAAAAAGUCAUCCCAGAAAAGCAAGCCAAAUCUGUUGAAGUUAUCUGCUCAUGAACAACAUCAUCAUCAUGGCUGGCAUUGAUGAAGCAGAAAUUCAAGGUGUAGAGUUGAACUUAAGUUAUGGGGAGAAACAACGUGUGCUUCCACAAAGAUCUUUUUGUCAGACACAAGAACAGCAUGAUGGAAAAAUCCAACAGAACAGGCUAAUAAUGCCCAAGAUUAUUCUACUUCAGAUUUAUCAGUGGUCCUGAAGCUUGCAGGAAAACUGCAAUAGUUUUAGCAGAAUACCAUGAAGUUGUGACAAAUUAAUUCCAUUAUAAAAACUGGGAAUUAUUUCCUCGAGUGGAACCAUAAUCCCAUUAUAGGAGUUCAGUCUCUCUGUGUCACACUAUGAUAUAUGAACACUUCAAGAAGUCAUUUUUUAGCAGAAUCAAAAUGAAUGAGAUCAAUCUAUCUUCCAAAUGUUAGGUGAGAGGUGAUCCUGUCAGGCUGAGAAGAAAGCAGUUGAGAUCAAGUGUGCGUUUUGACCAUCAAACACCAGCACACAAGCAAACACGAAAAGUUUAAGAAAAAAAAAUUGUGAGAGGCAAAGGAAAAAAAACCAUCAAACUGAGAAAGUUCUAUUCACUGACUAUUCUUUUUCUGGGGACUAAGAGCUUGGACUUCUUAGAUAUAAUAUGGAUAUAAUAAAGCUCUAGUUUCAAUGAAAACAUCUAGAAAACACCAAGAUAUACAAUAGUUCAAAAUGAGCUAAUUAGUCAGCAGUGAAUGCAUUAUGCCUUGCCAUCUUUGUGCAAGGCAGUUCCUAGACACUAAGUUGAAAGAAUAAUUACUUGUAGAAAAUCCCAAUAUAAUAAGAUAUACUCAAAUUUGCAAGACCAUUCUCCUAAAUCCAUGCCGCUCUACCAAGAAUGUAAUAAAAACAUUUAUUUGUUUACCCAUUUACAAGAUUUACUAAGCACCACCAUCUGCUAGGCACUGUGCAACAUACUGGAAAUUCAGAGUUAAGAAAACCACAGUUCCUGCCACCGAAGAGCUAGGAAUCUGGUGGCCUCAAAUAUUGGAGGCCCCUACAAAUUAGGUCUACCAGGAAUGGAAGGUAUCUGAUUUUAUCCCCGAAGACAUCUGCAUAGAUAGGAACACUUCCUCACGUGGAAUCGGUGGGAGAUUGAGCAUGGAGGAAAGUAAAAGCAUGAAUUCUCCAUCAAAAUGAUAAUGAUACCAUCAGUUCAGGGAAGACUGAGUGGUUGAACUUUGAGUUUGGGUUCAAUGCACUGGGCUUUAUAGCUCCAGAUAAACUAUGUACAAAAGAAGUUCUAGACUAUCUGAGAACAUUCUUGGGAAAAAACUAGCUUUCUCCUCCUCUCCAGAUCCCUACAAUGAUUGAGUCCAGGCAAGAAGCUGGGAUACCUCCAUUUCAUUAUGUUGACCAAGAGAGACUUGUGGUACUAGCCAAGACAUAUAUUUCAAGAGAAAAGUGUCACUCUGCCAGUGGGACUCUGCUAAUCAAAUUCUCCUGAAGUGAGAGAAGAAAUUUGUUCAGUGGUCUAAGUUGACUUCACUUUGGGCAGUACUGACAAGCAUAUCCCCAGCUUCUCCCAGAAGGUGCCAUGUAGCUGGCCUUUGUUUUCUGUGAAUAUGCUUCCAAGGCACGUAGGACCAUAUGGAUUUCCUUUGCUUUCUGAACCCCAGGCAUCCUUAGGAAUUUGCCUCGUGUCCUCACUUGUCCUUGGAGGCUUGCUUAUUUGAAGAUAAACUUUUUUCAAAGAGUAGAAGUCCUUUCUUGGCAUCCAAAUCACCCAAAGUUUUUAUGUUACUGAUAUUACACUACUCAAAACUGAGCUAAGAGUUCCCUAAACAAGGCAGCAGGUACCACUUCUCUGAUGCCCAGAUUAGAACAUGUUAAGAACCAGGCUAUCUCUAUAGCUUUCAUGGCUUGGGAAACCAGCAGUGGAAAUCUCAAAGAGAUAUAAAGGAUCUAGAGAUGACCUGGAUGAAAAUUUGAAUCUCAGGACACUCAAAAGUGUUUGACUUUCCUGGUCUGUUUUGAUGUUCAAAUGAGACAAUCGAUAUAUAUAUAUUUAAAGCCCCUAGUACAGUGAUGGCUGGAGACUCUUACACGUGCGCUUUUUUUAAUACUGUAAAUGGACGCCAUUGCCUCAGUCUUUGGUAUUAUUUAUGAAUUCUAAAUUUACCCCAAGAAAUCCUUUUUAGAAGAAGAGUGGUGGAGAUACAAUCCCGAUUCAGGCACUUUUGCAAUGGCUUUUUUUCUUUUUUUUUUUUUUUUAAGUACAUCUCUACCAAUGAAAUGAGGAAGGACAGGAAUGUUGGAAUGAAGGUGGCAGGACUGUUGGGUUGCGGUUGAUUGGGUUGUGGCCGUUCCCUUGGACACACAAUACCACCUGUUGGACCAUUCUCUCAAAGGAUGAUCUCUAGGAGGCAAUGCCAAGUAGCAGGGAUAAUUAAAUAUGAAGGAACUAGUGGCUGCAAUGAGGAAAGUUAACCAAGCCAUGAUGUCGGUCAGACAGCACCCUGGCAAUGAAUGGAGAACUUCCAGAGGAAAGGGUUCAAGCUCGCUCAAACUCGCCCUGGGGGGAUUUGUUCCCAACCUCUAACAACCUCAACUUUGUUAUCCCCGUAGGAAAAGUGUGACCAGUAGGUUGCUUUAUUAUAAUAGAAGCAGGGAGAUACAAUUUCAUAGAUUCUUGAUGCUCAGAGCAAGAAGAGUCCUUGAUCAUCAAGAACAAUCACUUCUCUGCUCAGAUCAGGAAGUAGAGGCUCAGAGUAAAGGGAGUCACACUAGCCACUCUGUGUCUGAGUAAGUGAUUGGGCAGCAGAGUGAAUCAAGAACCCAGGUCUCCUAACUCCUGGUCCAGAUAUCAGAGAUCAGAUAUGGAAGGUAAGUAACAACUGAGAAGAAAACAUUACAAGUGGGCCCAGAAGAUGAAUGAGAACUUCCUGGCCCACUCCGGAAACUGCUAAACCAGAUGCAUUGAUUGGAACUCACUCCUGUCUCUGGAAUAUGAUUGAUCUCAUGCCUUGAAAGAUGACAACGUUUCUUCUCCCAAGAUCCUGCUGACUCUCAGAAGGCCUGGCAAAACCCACGGCUGCUGUGGGCAGUUGAGAAAAGGGAUAAAGAACAGCCUCAUGGCCAUGCAAGCACUCUCCUUCACUUCUCUGGCCUCGACAACUCUGUCCCCUCCUUGUCCUGCUAAGCCUAGACUGUUUCUAUUCUUUGGCCCCCUCCCCUGGACUCAUUCAGCUCCAGAGCCAUCACCCAGGUUGUAUCCUCAUCCAGAAGCCAAUUUAACAGGAUUCUUCCUUGGGAAAAAAAAAUCUGUGUUUUUGAUUUCAGGAAAUGGGAUGUGAUUUCUUUGGGGAUCAGUAUGACCCCAAGUCAUUAGUUCUACUAAGGUAUCCCUUUGCAGUGGGAUCUCUGUCUCCUGCUUUGUCUCAGAACAUGCCCAUGUUGGCCGGAUCACAACUGGCACUCUAGGGUUGUCACUAAAAGUUGCAAAGAAGCAGACAAGAUCCAACUUAAGACACCUUAUGUUUGUGUAACUGGGAAAUUAUUUUAGAAAGUAAACAGGCCUCUGUUGGCUCAAAUGAGGAUUAACAUAGUUGGUUUCCACUUAUGUAGUGCUUGGGAUAGAUUUGCCAGAAUUUGGUAGGCCUCCCGAUAGCCCUUGCUAGACCCCGUAAAUAGACGUCCAGGUCUCCUGAGUUAGACUGAACCAGAAACUUCUAAGACAAAGUCAGAAUGAUGGCAGUAAUUUUAGACUGUCAUUCUACCUGUUUUCUUAGCCUCUAAAUAGCCCUGUUCUGUGGUUUAAAUAAGUUUCAGGGGGAAAUAAGUCAAAAAUGGGCUCUAUGUAAGAAUAACCUGAGUGUGACUUAUAAUUAAGCAGUCAAAAGCCUGGCCUAAUGCUUAGGAAUAUCUUUGUAAUUCCUCUUAUAUUUGUCAAAUGGACUAUAAUCUGAUGCCUAAGAGGAGUGAAAAAUGGGAACGUGUUUUCUUCCAGUGUUCCGUUCUCUCCUUCUGCCCACAAGACGGGUCAAGGAAAGGGAGAGAAACUUACCCAAACUGUCUUUCUGAGUUGCAUGUGAUGUGAUGGUCUCUCUCUUGACUUCUGCGGUCCUCACCACAACCCCAUGUAGGCGGUGUUGUUGUCUCCCUCAUACAGUCGAGAGAACUGAGGCUAGGGGCAGGGGUUGGGGGGGGAUACGUUGCCAAAGGUCACUCAUUAUAGAAGUGCUGGGUUUGUAACCAAAGCUCAUGUACCUUCAAAAUUCAUGUCUCCCCCUACUGAAUCUCCUACAUCAAUGGAAAUGCUCCCACAUCAUGCCCUGCGGUCCCCUACCAAGACUUGCCCUCCUAUAUCCAGUUGACUUUGUAGUAAAACAAUCAGACCCAUUGAUUCCCUGGAUAGAGUAGUGAUCCCUGUGUCAGCUUCUCCACUUGGCUGUUCAGUGGGUCCUGCCUAUUCCUUUGAGUGGGCUCACAAUAGAGCUGCUAGUGGCAGAAAAUAAUGCCACAUUAAUUCUUCACCUCGUUCAUGGUGGAAUCCAUUAGUUCUUAGAGCUUGGUGUGGCUGCAGAUAAUCCCACAAAUGCCCCUUAUUCUCUGCCCCCAAGCAUCUCCUGUCAUUGUUUUAUCCAAACAUAUUCAAAUGUCCUUCCUGCCUCUGGUCUUUUAUCUCUAGGCUAUACCUUUAUUUCAGGGCUUUGAAAUCCUGCAGAAACAGGUGAGUCUGCAAAAACAUUCUUUGGGAGGCCAAACGCUCAGAACAGUUGUGUUUCUCUUCCUCAAUAUUCAAAAGAUCACAGGUCCCGGUGGAAGUCAACCUGAUCUGGUAAUUGGGCCCCUGCCCUCCUCUGAAUACUUUUUCAGGCGAAGAGGGAGCAGCUCCACCCUCCACAUUCCUUGAGGGUUAAGAAUUCACAUGCGAGAACAACCUCCAAGAUUGGUGGCAGCCAAUUUUCAAGUGUCAGAGAUUUUGCUGUUGGGGACACGAGGCAGGCUCUGCCCCAUCUCAAAAGUCACCUUAGCAAGAUGGGUCCACUUCAUCAGAUUUGUCAAUCAUUUCCUGUUUUAAAGAGAAAAAUGCUCUCUACGUUGCUUUCAGUGGGAUAUGGCUUUUCUUCCUUUUUUUUUUUUUUUUCUUUCUAACAUAGCAGUGAUGGAAAACACAAAUCUCUGCAGAGUAGAUCGAGACUUCCAGUGACAUGAAUCCAUUGUAUUUGAUUUUGGAUUGUAUUUUCUUUAACCCCCUUUAAUGGCAUAAAAUUCUGGUGCCUUGCUCCCUGAAUUUGUCUCCAUGCUACAAGUAGGCUUUCUUCACAUUCUGGCUUACACGGGAACACAACUAUUCCACAAGUGGCCUUUAGUGCUCUUUAUAAUAUGAUUUCCUGUAAUUUUUAAACUGUAUGUGUAAUUUCUAUUCUGGCUCUGGCCAAUAUUUGAACAACUUUAAUCGGUUGAUUUCCAUAUAUAUUAUGCAAACACUUCUUACCUGAUUUUUUAUGUUCUAUCUUAAAACAGAUACUGCACCACUUAUUAAUAAAUAGACAUUUCAAUGGUCA